GCGCAGGAUUCAAGAUGGUUGUGAAAAUGAGCAAUGUCUGAAUUAUUUUUAUAAAACGAACCCUGACUUUGAUUUUCUAACGUAAAAUUACAUUACCCUUGGAGAAAGACAACCAGUUAAUUUAUGUGCAAUGACGGGCUGUUGUGUUUGUUGUUCUGCUUUACGGCCAAGAUACAAAGUAUUGGUUGAUAACAUUUUUCCUGAAGACCCUCAGGAUGGACUGGUUCGAAUUAACAUGGAAAAGCUCACAUUUUAUGCUCUGUCAUCUCCUGAAAAAUUGGAUCGAAUUGGGCAGUACCUAGAGAAACGGCUAAAUAGGGAAGUUAAAGGACACAGAAUAGAAUUUGUGUUUAUUGCCAUGGAUGCCUUGGAUCAACUUCUAGUCUCAUGUCAUGCACAGUCUUUAAAUCUUUUCGUGGAAAGUUUCUUAAAAAUGGUACAGAAACUUUUAGAAUGUGAUGAACCAGAAUUACAAAUAUCAGCAACUGCUUCAUUUGUCAAAUUUGCUAACAUUGAAGAAGACACACCAUCUUAUCAUCGACGUUAUGAUUUCUUUGUCUCGAAAUUUAGUUCUAUGAGCCACAGUGGACUAGCCAAAGAAGAAACUAGACAAAAGAUACGAAGAGCUGGUCUCCAUGGGUUACAAGGAUUAGUUCGGAAGACAGUUAGCGAUGAUCUACAAGUGAAUAUAUGGGAUCCGGUCCACAUGGAUAAAAUUGUGCCAUCACUGCUUUUCAACAUGGAUGAUCCAAGUUUUCUAGCAACGGAUGCUGAAAGUCCACGAGAUGAAGAACACCCGUCAUAUAUUGCAGAGAUAGUGUUUCGUGAUCUGAUUUGUCGUGCAUCUUAUAGUAGUAUUAAAUCUGUUGUUGGACCAGUUCUUAUACAUUUAGAUAAUCAUUCAUUAUGGGUGCCAAAUCAGUUUGCUGUAAAAUGUUUUAAAAUCAUCAUGUAUUCUGUACAGGCUCAGUAUGGUUAUAUUGUGAUUACAUCGUUAUUAGAACAUCUAGAUCAUCACGUUAAAAGUGACCCUAAUAUUAAAGGGGGUAUAGUUGGUGUAUUAUUCCAAUCAGUUUUAAUCUCAGCUGGUGGUUCAAUAGGUACUUCUGUAUUAGAAGUAUUUAACAUUUUGCUACGGCAUCUUCGUAUAUCUGUUGACAAUAAAAGUCAAAAUACAGAAAUGAGAAAUAAAGAAAUUGAAUUUGAAGAUGAAGUAAUUAACACAAUAGGUCAGUUUGCUAAUAAUUUACCAGAUUAUCAGAAGAUAGAGAUCAUGAUGUUUGUCAUGGGAAAAUUUCCACAGUUUACCUUAGAUGAAGACGUAGGGGGUGCUAUGGAUACCCAGCUACAGAUGAAUCUACUUAAAACAUUAUUGAAGGUGGCCACAAAGUAUAAAACUGUGACAUUUUCUAAUACGUUCCCUCCUGAAUUCCUUCAUCCAUUACUUCGUAUGUCAUUACUUGAUGAUCCACAAAUGAGAGUCACAGUUCAAAAUAUCCUACAGACACUGAUAGAUCGUCAUAACAACACAGCUAAGCUCAAACAUGUUGUUCUGCCUGGAGAUGUUUCACAACUAGAUCUAACAACAGAAAAAGCUUCACGACAAGAUAUACUCUUUAUGAAGAAGAGUGGUAUGCAGUUCUAUUGGCAUAUUUAUGAAAAUAUGCAGAUGCCAACUAAUAAGGUGGAUAAUUUUGAGGCAUUAUUUUGUACAAUGAGUUUAUUGGCUAUCGAAUUGGGUGAUGCUGAGAUUCUACUAGAACUCUUACGAUUGGCGCUUGAUAUACAGAAAAUGGUGGUUACUAGCGCUGGUUUACCUAUUACACAUAAAUGUGCUAUACAUGGUUUAAUAGCUGCCUACAUUAAUAUUCUAGCUUAUUUAUCAUCUAUAUCAUCAUUAGCUGAAUAUGUUCAACAGGUGAUUGAAACCAGAAAAACAGAAGCCAAAUGUUUAUUACCUGAUUUUGCCUAUAAUAGAAAUAAUCGUCCUAACAGAUUAUCUGAUUUAGAAAAUUCUGAGGAUUAUCGAUCUAGUGACCUUGUAAAAGAGAAUUGUUUGUUUGAUCAGAAUAAAAUAGCUGAAUGUCUAUCGAGUAGUGGGCAUGAUGCUUCCAGACUUUCAUCUUCAUUCAUACAGAAACCAUAUAAUGCAGAAAUGGGUGGUGUUUCUAGAAGUAUCAGUGAUAUCCAGUCAAUUAAUAUAGAAAUAGAGAGUGUUGAUGGUUCACCUUCUACAUAUAGGAAACAAUAUGAUGAGGAGAUAACGGUUGAAUCUCUGAAGAAAAUGUUAGCUGAGAGCAGUGGUGCCAAUAAAGAAUCUGAGGACAAACGUAGACUUGAAAUUCUGGAAACCUUCCGUACAGCACCAUUUGAAGAAAUUGUAGCAAGAUCUGAAGCAAAAUCAAACCACUUUCACAAUAAAUUGAAUGAAAUACUGGAUAAUGUUGAAGAUCCAUCUGAACGAUUGCUGACAGAAGAAAAUGAAACAGACAGUCAGGCUACCAUCCCAGUUUUCCAAAUGCAAUUCCCAGAUUUAUUUGUGUAUUAAGUAACCAUAGUUUUGUACAAGAUUAUAAGACAUACUUUAUGGAAGACAAAUGAAAACAAAUCGUGACUUAUAAAUUAUAUGUGCCAUUAUUAUUGUACUAUUUCGUUUAGCUAAUUGUAAACAUAAAAAUUAAAACACAAUGGAGUAAAUGUUACCCGAAGGGGAGGUGAUAAUAAAUGUACGCUGAAAUUAAUUUAUGAUAAUAAUGGACUGCUGCAUGAGUGGCUACUUGUAAUUUUAACAAAGAAAGUAGUGGACCAUGAUCAAUUUAUAUUGAUAUACCAUCUAGAUUAAUCAUAAUAAUUAUGAUUUGAAUGGUGUUAUAUUUGACUGGGUAGAUACCCUACACUAUAGUCCAAAAUAGGGAAUAAAUUUAAUACGACUGGAAAUUGGUCACAUUCUUGUAUUAUAGUAAUAUUUUACACAUCAGUUAGUAUAUAGAUAUGUACAUAAAAUUCAAGAGAUAUUAAAUAACAUUUCAUCAAUGGAAUUACAAGUUAAAUCUAUGUUUUUUAUAUUGACAUAACAUGACAUGACAUUAAUUGACAUUCAUUUGACCUUAUUUUCUAAUUAAUUAGUAAUAAUUGCAAGCUCAUGUUAGAUAAACUAGGUUAUAAGCCAAAGUAAGACUCAUAAGUAUAUGCUCAAAAAUAUGCAUUAUGCACAAAACAUAUACAAUAUUUUCUUUUCUUCAAAUAUAAUAUGUAUGUGUAUUUGAGAAAAUGUUAAAACACAUUUAUUGUAAGCAAUUUAGAUUUUAAAUCCAUCCCUACAUACUAGAAUAAUAAUUAUUUUUAAAGAUCCUCAUGCACUAUUCUAGUCUCUUCAAGUAUUGUUUUAAUUAAGUCAUUUUUAUUAUUGAUUACCUUUUAAAUAUACAUAAUAUGCACAUUUUGUUAGUGUACAUAUUCAUUAUAUACUUCUUCUGUAUACAUUUGUACUUAACUGAUACAUGUCUUAUCAUUAGAGUCACUUGAUUCUGGCACAUUGUAGUGAAGAUAGAGACAGACAAGUGUUCAAAUACAUAGACCUUUUCUGCAUGAGUGGCAUAUGAAAAUCAAGUAGGACCAUCAUGGUUAUAUUUAAUUUAACAGGGGACUACUUAAUUGUCAGCCUUGAAUGUCCUAAAUCGAUGAAAUUGCAAUCGACAGACACAGAAUUGAAUUUUGUUACAGUUCUGCAAAUCCUGAAAACAGAUGUGGUGUUUCAGCUAUGGUGAUUGGCUGGGAUAUUAUAAUAUUCAGUUAGUGCAAGUAUUGUCACUAGACAUGCACAUGCUAAAUCGAUUGAAACCUUAGGAGGGAUUGAGAUAAUUCAGCUGCGGGAUGUUAAUCGAGUAACCCUUUGAUGCUCCUCCCUUAGAUGAGCAUGAGCUUGAUUAUGUGAGUGUAAAUUGAAUAGUAAUGAGCCACUAAACAGAAAACUAUUUGUUCAUUGAUAGAAUUAUUAUAUGGUGUAAAUGAAAGAUUUGUUAGAAGUUAAUACUAUAAUUUAUUUAUAUUUGUAAAUAUAUUAUACGUCUGUUUGUAUGUAUUCUGCAUAGUAAUAGCCUUUUAAAUAAGAAAUUUGUAUAUAUAGGAUGGUUUGUGGGGGUUUUAGGGUAUCGUGUACAAAAGUGCAACGAAAAUUGUAGGUUUAAGAAGGGAUAUCGGGUGUUGUAGAAUUGAAGCAUACCCUGCCUUGUGUAUGACACACAUCACUAAUUCAAGAUAUUUGUGUGACAUAUUAGCCUUUGCUUAAUUUAAUUUUUACAAUUAAAAUUUCAUUCAUUUGAAUAUUUACCUUCUGCAACCUGCACAUUAUUUUAAGAAUUUCCUUUGUAUAAAGGUUAAAUAAAACAUUUUGCCUUUUUUUUCUAUUGAAGACUGUCCAUGAAACAGAUAUAUAUAUAUAUAUUUUAAUUAGAUCUCAAUUUAUUCAAAAAUUAUCUCUGUUGCAAUAGAGAUGUGUCCUUAAAACUAACAUGGAAUAAUAAACAUUUUUCACAUCUUAGAAUCCAUAUUUGUUACUUGAUGGGAGUUUUAAGAUCAAAUUGUCAUUGAUUUAUAGAUUUAAAUUGACAUUUAUUUUAGAUUACUGCAAAUGUCAAAUAUUUUGAUGAAUAAUUUUUCCAAUCAAAUAAACUUGCGUUAAUCUAAAUGAAAAUCAAUAAAAAACCGAAGUACGUACAAUGUUAAGAGAUGUAAAGGGGAGAUAACUACAGUGACUAGAGGUUACAGUGAAGCUAUUUGUGAUAAAAAAUAGAUACAUAUUGUGCAAUAAUUACAAUUGUAUACUGAAUAUCAUGAUUAGCCUGGACUUAUUGUUUAUAUGUAGGACAUCAUGUCAAGUAUACAAUGCUAUGUAUGUUUAAUAUUUAUUUUGUAUCUGUUUGUUUGUAUCAGUGUCAUUCAUUAUAUAUCCAUUCCUGCAGGAAUUUAAUGAAAUAUCAACACAUUUAAGUUCAAUAAUCAUGUUUUGUAAUAUUUUAAUUUUAAAAUCAUUUUAAUCAGAUAGAAUUUGUAUAGCUUCAUUCCAAUUUCAAUUUUCAACACAAAAUUGAUUGUAUUAUAUAUCCACAAAACAGUUAUUUAAUUAUUGCUUGUUGAAGUUAAAUGAAUAGGUUUUUUUUGUUGGUUUUUUUUAAAUUGACUCUUAAGUGUUUCUAAACAGCUCAUUGAUAUUAUAGAUUUAUGUAAUAAGCAAUCUUGAUUGUCACUCAGUUACAGAUAAAAUAAAUCUAAUCAUCAUAGUGCAUAUAAUAUUAUUUUGAAUAAUUGAAGAAAACAAUUAUUGUAAGUAGUUUUAAAAAACAUGUAUCUGAUUUGUAUCAUACUCCUGGGUUUGCAGGAGAAGGAUCUGUACAUGUAUAGCUAUUGCUUCAAGAAUAUAGCAUGACACUCUGAUAACUAUUGAAUCAAGGGUCAGACCUAAAUAUUAAGGCAACCUACUAAUGUCAUCAAGGUCACGAGAUGUAAACAGGGUUAGAGCACAUGAUUUUUGCUGAGGAUUGUGGGUUAGGGUUAGCACUAGCCCUGUUUACAUCUCGUGACCAUGACAAAAUCUGUAGGUGGUCGUAAUAUUUAGAUCUACAUGUAACUGUUUGAUCAUUGUUUCUUACGUUUUUUUUAGUUGGCCAACAGUACAUGUACAUAAAAAUCUAACUACUUUCUUUUAAAUUUGAAGUGUAAUGUUACGCACUGAUACACUGUGAUUGAUUUAUAUCAUUCUUGGCUAGACCAUCAUCCAUUUCAGCAUCCAUUUCAGUAGCUUAAUGAACGGUAAGGUUAAAUCAAUUGAAAACAAAUAUUUUAAGAUGGUUUUGGACCUUUCUGUAGUGUAACCACAGAGGUGUAUUAUAUCAACACCUUCAUGAGUGUUAAUGAAAAUCAAUAAAACAAAAAAAAACAAAAAAAUAUGCACCCUCAAAAUAUAAAAGAGC